AUGGAUAGAAAUGGAAAAACUGCACUUAUUUUUGCAUCGGAAAAUGGAAAACUCGAAGUAGUAAAGUAUCUUAUUUCUGCUGGUGCAAAACUAGAAGCUAAAAGCAAUGAUGGAAGCACAGCUCUCAUUUGUGCGACAAUGAAUAACAAAUUCGAAGUUAUAAAAUAUCUUAUCUCAGUUGGUGCUAAUAAAGAUGCAAAGAGUGACAUUGGUCAUAUCCCUCUUAUUGAUGCAGCAUGGAACGGGCAGAUUGAAAUCGUCAAAUAUCUUGUCUCUGUAGGAGCAAACAUCGAAGUUGAGAAUAAUAAUGGAUAUACACCACUCAUUUGUGCAGCAUGGAAUAGUCAUUUUGACAUUGUUAAAUAUCUCAUCUCGAUUGGUGCAAAUAAGAAUGUUAAAGAUUGUGAUGGUAAAACGAUUCUUAUCUUAUCAUCAACCGGAGGCCAUCUUCAAGUUGUUGAAUAUCUAAUAUCAAUUGGAGUUGAUAAAGAAGAGAAAGAUAACAAUGGAUUAACAUCUGUUAUGUGGUCAUCGUCUGGAGUUCAUCUUCAUGUUGUUAAAUAUCUUAUAUCAAUUGGCGCAAACAUUAAUGCAAAGAGUUAUUUUGGACAUACUGCUCUUAUGUUAGCAUCAAUGAACGGACAACUUGAAAUGGUUAAAUAUCUUAUUUCUAUUGGUUUAGAGAAAGAAGUUAAAGACAAUGAAGGCAAGACAUCACUCAUUUAUGCAUCAGAAAACGGAAAAGUUGAUGUUGUGAAAUAUCUUAUUUCAAUUGGAUCCAACAAAGACGAAAAAGAUCUUAAUGGCAAAACACCGCUCAUUUAUGCAUCAUCUAAAGGCCAUCAUGGAACUGUUAAUUAUCUUAUCUCAAUUGGAGCUAAUCCAUAUGAAAGAGAUCAUUUUGGAAAGACUUAUCAAGAUUAUUCUAUAAAUAUCAUAAUGUAA